UGUGUUGCUUCAGAACAUUUUUAUUCUUUGAAAACAAAAUGCUUUUUUAAAAAGCACACAAGUGCGAAUUCAGUGGCGAUUAGUUUCUUUCUAUCUUUGUUUAAAAGACAAUCGCAGAAGAAGAUGUUGGGUAAAUACUGCUUCACCCGGGGACAGGAGGGUGCAACUGGGUUAUAAAAAUCUUCUUUGUAUUUUUACCUUUUUUUUUGGAAGACUGAUCAUUUCUGGCUCAUGGAUUUGAAGCCUUUCUUUUUAAUUCUCAGCAGUUUUGCGGUGGGCUGCUCUGCUUCUGAGAUCUGCGGCAGCAUGGACAUCCGCAACAACGUGACGGAGCUCCGGCGACUGGAGAACUGCACGGUGAUCGAGGGGGACCUGCAGAUCCUGCUCAUGUUCACCACCCAGACCGAGGACUUCCGCCACCUCCGCUUCCCCCGGCUCCGCAUGAUCACCGACUAUCUGCUCCUCUUCCGGGUCUACGGGCUGGAGAGCCUGCAGGACCUCUUCCCCAACCUGGCGGUCAUCCGGGGCACCCGCCUCUUCUUCCACUACUCCCUGGUGAUCUUCGAGAUGCCUCACCUGAGGGUGAUGGGGCUGGGGGGGCUGGCCCAGGUCAUGAGGGGUGCGGUGAGGAUCGAACGCAACGAGGAGCUGUGCCACCUCUCCACCAUCGACUGGGGUCUGCUGAUGGAGUCCACGGAGAACAACUACAUCGUGGGGAACAAGCAGGUGGAGGAGUGUGGCGACGUGUGCCCAGGGAUCCUCGAUCAGGAGAAGCCCUGCGUCGAGACCACCGUUGGGGGCCAACAAGGCUACCGUUGCUGGACCUCCACCCACUGCCAGAAAGCCUUGUCCUGCGGGGGGCGUGGGAGCGCAGCGAGCGGGGAGUGCUGUCACCGCGAGUGCAUUGGGGGGUGCGGGCGCCCCAACGACAGCGGCUCCUGUGUGGCCUGCCGAAACUUCCGCUACUCGGGCCGCUGCCUGCCCUCCUGCCCCGCGGGAACCUUCCGAUACGCGGGCUGGCGCUGUGUCAGCAAGGAUUACUGCGCCAGCCUGCGGAAAGUCUCCCCCAACCCCCGGAAGACCCCCCCCCAGCCCCCCCAGAAGUCCUCCAAGUUCGUCAUCCACGACGGGGAGUGCCUGUCGGAGUGCCCCCCCGGACUGACCCGUAAUGAAAGCAGCAUCUUUUGCCACCAGUGCCAAGGCCUGUGCCCCAAGGAGUGCAAAGUUGGCACAAUGACCAUCACCACCCUGAGCAGCGCACAGGAGCUCCGAGGGUGUACCCUCCUGGAGGGCAACCUCAUCCUCAACCUCCGCAGAGGAAAUAACCUGGCCGCAGAGCUGCAGGCGAGCCUGGGGAACAUCGAGGUGAUCACUGGCUUCCUGAAGAUCAAGCACUCCUUUGCUCUGGUGUCUCUCUCCUUCUUCAAGAGCCUCCGACUCAUCAGGGGAGACUCCAUGGUCGACGGUAACUACACCCUGUACGUCUUGGACAAUCAAAACCUGCAGCGGCUGUGGGACUGGAGCCACCACAACCUGUCCAUUCCCGUGGGCAAGAUCUACUUCGCCUUCAACCCCAAGCUGUGCCUGUCACAGAUCUACCGGCUGGAGCAAGCGACAGGGACCCGGGGGCGCCAGAACACGGCCGAGAUCAACCCUCGCACCAACGGAGACCGCAUGUCCUGUAAGAGCGGGGUGCUGAGGUUUGUCUCGAACGUGACGGAAUCCUCGCGGAUCUUCCUGCGGUGGGAACGCUACGAGCCUCUGGAUCACCGGGACCUGCUGAGCUUCAUCGUGUACUACCGCGAGUCGGCUUUCCAGAACGUCACGGAGUGGGUGGGGCAGGACGCCUGUGGCUCGAACAGCUGGAACGUGGUCGACGUGGACCUGCCACUGAGCAGUGGUCAAGAUCCCUGGGUGCAGCUGGGCGGACUCACCCCGUGGACCCAGUACGCCAUCUUCAUCCGCGCCAUCACCCUGAGCACAGCCGAGGACGGACACAACCACGGAGCUAAGAGCAGCGUGGUCUACAUCCGCACGCGCCCCGCGGCCCCCUCCGUGCCCCUGGACGUGCUCUCCAUGUCAAACUGCUCCUCUCAGUUGGUGGUCCGCUGGAAGCCCCCCACUCACCCCAACGGAAAUAUCACCUACUACCUGGUGCGCUGGCAGAGACAGGCAGAGGACUCGGAGCUCUACAUCAGUGACUACUGCAACAAAGGGCUGAGGCUGCCCACCAGCACGGCUGACAGCCAGUUUGACCACGAGGACGGAGGACCGGAGCAGGACCAGGAGGAGAGGUGCUGCUCCUGCCCCAAAACGCAGGCCGAGCUGGCCCUGGAGGCUGAGGAGUUCUCCUUCCAGAAGAAAUUCGAGAACUUCCUCCACAACUCCAUCUUCAUGCCAAAAACACCAUGGAGGGUCAAAUCUGUGAACAAGAGCCCACAAAGGCAGAGUAAGAAGAAGCGUCGGGACGCGCAGUGGGCAGGGUCCAACGCCACCCUGUCCGGCAACGUGACAGCGCCCCCCCAACCGGAGGAGGACCAGUUUCCAGUCCAGGAGGACAAGGUUUUCCAGCGUGACCGGGCUCUGAUCACCGGACUCCACCACUUCACCGUUUACCGCAUCGAUAUCCACGCCUGCAACCACGCUGCCCACCUGGUGGGCUGCAGCGCGGCCACGUUCGUGUUCGGACGCACCCGCCCUCUCCUCUAUGCUGACAACAUCCCUGGCAAUGUCACCUGGGAGCUGGCCGGCAAAAACACGAUUCUGCUGCAGUGGGGGGCGCCCCCAAGCCCCAACGGGCUGAUCCUUAAAUACCAGAUCAGAUACACCAAGUACAAAAGAGAACAGGAGGAGGAGUUUGAGGCAGUGGAGUGUGUGCCGAGGCCCCUGUAUGAGCUGCACCAGGGACACUACAUCAAGAGGCUGCAGCCUGGGAACUAUAGCGCCAUCGUCAGGGCAACUUCCCUCUCGGGCAACGGGUCCUGGUCUGAGCCGGUCGAGUUCUACGUCAUCGGACCUGAGGAGACGCUGCCGCUCUCAGCCCUGCUGCUCAUGCCAGUCGCUCUCGUGGUCUUCAUUGGUCUGCCCAUGAUCUUCAUGUAUCUCUACUACACCAAAAGGAAUAACCCCGGGAGCACUCUGUAUGCAUCGGUGAACCCAGAGUAUCUCAAUGCUUCUGACAUCUACGUGCCGGACGAGUGGGAGGUGGAGCGGGACACGGUCACGGUGAUCCGGGAGCUGGGGCAGGGCUCGUUCGGGAUGGUGUACGAGGGCGUGGUGCGCGGCCCUGACAAGGGGCAGCCGCGGCGCGUGGCGCUCAAAGCGGUCAACGAGUCGGCCACGGUGCGAGAGCGCAUCGAAUUCCUGCAGGAGGCUUCCGUCAUGAAAGCCUUCCACUGUCACCACGUAGUGCAGUUGCUGGGCGUGGUUUCCAAGGGUCAGCCCACUCUAGUGAUCAUGGAGCUGAUGACACGCGGUGACCUCAAGAGCUAUCUGCGUUCGCUCCGCCCCUCCGCCGAGAACAACCCCGGCCUGCCCCCUCCCUCUCUGAAGCAGAUGAUACAGAUGGCUGGUGAGAUCGCUGAUGGCAUGACGUACCUCAACGCUAACAAGUUUGUGCACCGCGACCUGGCCGCGCGGAACUGCAUGGUGUCCGAGGAUUACACCGUGAAGAUCGGAGAUUUCGGAAUGACGCGGGAUAUUUAUGAGACGGAUUACUACCGGAAAGGGGGGAAGGGCUUGCUGCCGGUGCGCUGGAUGCCGCCCGAGGCCCUGAAAGACGGGAUCUUCACCACGCACGCCGAUGUCUGGUCGUUUGGAGUGGUGCUGUGGGAAAUCGUCACCCUGGCUGAGCAACCCUAUCAAGGCAUGUCGAAUGAGCAGGUCCUGCACUACGUGAUGGACAGUGGAACUCUGGAGAGACCGGAGAACUGUCCUGACACCAUACUGGAGCUGAUGACUUGGUGCUGGCAACACAACCCCAAACACAGACCUUCCUUCAACCAGGUGCUGCACACACUGAAAGACCAGCUAGACCCGUCAUUCCGCGCCGUCUCCUUCUACUACAGCCCGGCCAAUCGGGACAGGGGGGCGGAGUCCGGAGAGGGAGAGGGGGCGAGGAGUUCUUCACAGUCAGGCACGCCCAGGAGCUCCCCUGCCCUACCGCCCAGGAAACCCAGGAACGGGAACAGCUCGCCACUGCCCCCCGGUGGUGAAAACGGGUAACUGCAACGAGAACACAGCUGUCUGGAAUAAAGGAUUCGGGGACUCGAUCGAAGCUUUGAAAUCAAACCGAUAAGCAGAUUCAAUACUUGAAGCGCUGCGCAGAGACCAGGACUUGAGGGGGCAGUGCAGAUAUGUAUGGAAAGGGUUAUAUAGCGAAAAGCGACACUGCCGGUGCUUAAUCGCUGGGCUCCUUUUCGGAUUGAUCAGCCUCUAGGAACCGGACGCUCCUUGAAGGCAUUUAUUUUCUGCUGUUCCUUGGAACCUUCUGUCCAGCAUAGGGAACAUUGGGGUGGGGGGGGACACUAAUGCCUGCGGACCAAUAUGGAGGGACUGCUUUAUGUGUUGCACCUGAAGGAAAGAUGGCAUUAAAAAUCAAAUUUCAAUGUGUUUUCUACAAAUGCAAAAUUCAUGAGAUAAUAAAACGUAGAGAUCUUUUUUUUCAAUAUUUCCAAAUUUUAUUACUGUAUUUUUCUAAUAUAUAUUUUCAGUACGUUUAUGGUUAUCGCCAUUACAUACAAUGUCGGUUUGGUUAAAUGACAAAAAGAUGUGUAUUUACAGCAGUGUGUAUAUUUAUCGGAACACCUCCAGAUGUGUCAUUGAUAUCCUUCAUCUACCCGCCUGCAUGGACACACCUCCGGGUGUGAGAAUUUCAAUCUCCGCUCAGUAAUCAGGGAUAUAGAAACACACUCGUGUGUGAAAAUGUCAGACCGCUCUGUGCUUUAAUCAGGCGUCUUAAACCACUUCUAAAAAGUCUCCUGCGUUUUACCGUGUGUGGCUCUGUGUUCCUUUUCUCUUUACUGUUUGAAAUGAAUUGCAUGGGUGGCCUGUUAAAGGCAUCCAUUCAAUUAGACCAUCGCUACUAAUUCGCCUAUUUUUACCCCCAGAUUUUCAGUCCCAGCGGUUUGAUUUCAUACACACAGGAAAUCAGAACUACAGAAGCGAUGGGGUGUUCGGAUAGAUUUGUACACGGCUGUGGAGUUUGUUGUUGUGUUUUUCAAUUUGAUUUUUGUUUUCGAUAUAUUUGUUGAAUGUCUAAAUUGAAUUGUUAAUUGCAUAUG